UCUUGAUUUCUUGGCGGAGACGAAAACACUCUCGGGUGCUCUCUUUCACUUCACCAAUACAAUCCAGACAAGUACAGCCACAAAAUACCACACAGUUUCACCCCAUCUUCAUCCAUUACUCGACAAAAAUCUUCCAAAGACUUAAUGGCAAAGGAAACUACAGCUCCAUCAACGCAAAAGCAAUAACAGCAAUUGCAGAACAAAACCCAGAAAAGAAAGCACAGUCCAGCAGCGCCUGUAAUGUCUUCCACUGUAGCUCCAGCAACUGGUAUAGAUGUAUUUCAGAGUGGCAGCUACAAGAUCCACCUCCAAAACCUAAACCCAACACCUCCAUGUCGCACCAAGACCAGACCGAUCCCUUCUCCCCCACCAAAGCCGCUCUUGAUUGCCUCUCCAACUGAAGCAGGGGAAUUCCCAGUUCUCUUGUUCCUCCAUGGCUACCUCCUCUCCAACAACUUCUACUCUCAGCUCAUCCAACACGUCGCCUCCCAUGGCUUCAUCGUCAUCGCCCCUCAGCUGUACACAGUAGCGGGACCUGAUGCAACAGAAGAGAUCAACUCGGCGGCUGCAAUAACCAACUGGUUACCGGAAGGAUUACAUCAAUUCCUUCCGGGGUCGGUUAAACCGGACCUGACCAGGCUCGGUCUGGCCGGUCAUAGCCGAGGUGGGAAAACUGCUUUUGCCCUGGCCUUGAAGAAGGAAUUGGCAACUACUACUACACUGAGAUUCUCGGUCCUGAUUGGAGUCGACCCAGUUGAUGGAAUGGACACAGGGAAACAAACCCAUCCCCCUGUGCUCACAUACGUUCCUGGUUCGUUCGAUCUGGAUAUGCCGGUCAUGGUGAUUGGUUCCGGGCUGGGCGAGCUGCGAAGGAACCCGUUGUUCCCUGCUUGUGCACCGAAGGGUGUGAACCAUGAGCAGUUCUUCAGGGAAUGUAGAGAACCAGCUUGUUACUUUGUGGUGAAAGACUAUGGACAUUUGGAUAUGUUGGAUGAUGAGACUAGAGGGGUUAGAGGGAAAGUCAGCUACUGCUUGUGCAAGAAUGGGGAGUCCAGAGAGCCCAUGAGAAGGUUUGUUGCAGGAGCUAUGGUAGGGUUUAUGAGGGCAUACAUGGAGGGGGAUAGCGAUGAUUUGAAGGCGAUUAGAGCUGGGGAUACCGGUCCAAUCGAGCUUACAACAGCUCAGUUUUUAUGACUCAAGCUUUUAGUUAAUGAACGACUACUACUUCA